GAGGGCCUGGGACGCAGCGGCGGCGCCUGCUGCGGGAGCCUGCCUGCGGAUCCGCAGGGCUCCACGCGUCGUGUCCCGGGAGCGCCUCCUUUCUCCCUGCGGCCGCUACAGGCUCGGUAAGCCUUUUUUCCCCUCCAGCCGGCAGGCUGGGCGCGCAGGGGUGCCGGCCCCUGCCGGGCGCGCAGUGGCACCAUGGGCACGGUGCUGUCCCUGUCCCCCAGCUAUCGGAAGGCCACACUGUUUGAGGAUGGCGCGGCCACCGUAGGCCACUACACGGCCGUGCAGAACAGCAAGAACGCCAAGGACAAGAACCUGAAGCGGCACUCCAUCAUCUCGGUGCUGCCUUGGAAGAGGAUCGUGGCGGUGUCAGCGAAGAAGAAGAACUCCAAGAAGGCGCAGCCCAACAGCAGCUACCAGAGCAACAUCGCGCACCUCAACAAUGAGAACCUGAAGAAGUCGCUGUCUUGUGCCAACCUGUCCACAUUCGCCCAGCCCCCGCCGGCCCAGCCGCCCGCGCCCCCAGCCAGCCAGCUUUCUGGCUCCCAGACUGGGGUCUCCUCUUCUGUCAAGAAGGCCCCGCACCCUGCCAUCACCUCUGCAGGGACACCCAAACGGGUCAUCGUCCAGGCGUCCACCAGUGAGCUGCUGCGCUGCCUGGGUGAAUUUCUCUGCCGCCGGUGCUACCGCCUGAAGCACUUGUCCCCAACGGACCCCGUGCUCUGGCUGCGCAGCGUGGACCGCUCCCUGCUUCUGCAGGGCUGGCAAGACCAGGGUUUCAUCACACCGGCCAAUGUGGUCUUCCUCUACAUGCUCUGCAGGGAUGUUAUCUCCUCUGAGGUAGGCUCGGACCACGAGCUCCAGGCUGUCCUGCUGACCUGUCUGUACCUCUCCUAUUCCUACAUGGGCAAUGAAAUCUCCUACCCGCUCAAGCCCUUCCUGGUGGAGAGCUGCAAGGAAGCCUUUUGGGACCGUUGCCUCUCAGUUAUCAACCUCAUGAGCUCCAAGAUGCUGCAGAUCAAUGCUGACCCACACUAUUUCACACAAGUGUUCUCUGACUUGAAGAACGAGAGCGGUCAGGAGGACAAGAAGCGACUCCUCCUGGGGCUCGAUCGGUGAGCUCCUGUAGCCGGUAUCCUGGCUCAAGGAUUCCAUUUGUUUUUAAAAUUUAUUACUAAAAGAAUCAAGUUUUGUGUACAGUAUGUGUCUAGCAAAGCCAACAAGGGCCUCUUCCCAUGUUCUUUCCUUGGGGUUUAUUUUUAGCCCUUUCAAGAACUCUGGGGACUUUCGAACUGAUGAAUCUAGAAGAUGCAUUCAAGAGACACUUCGGCUGCUGACCGCUCACUUUCCGGGACUCAAGGGACUGACUUGCCCAUGUCACCUGUACCCGUGAUGGAUCCAGGGUAGAUGAGGAUUCCCACUGUCCCAUGAUUGGAGCUGUGGCUGUGGCUGGUGGCCCAGGAGGAAUCGGCCCUUGUCUGGGUAUUGUUUCAGCCUCUCAGAGGCUCCUGGAGCCGGCUGUCCUGACUCAGGACCCAGGAGGCUGUGAGGCAAGAUCUCCACUGCCCUGGGGCAUCAGUGCAGGAGCCUGGGAGGGUCUGGUGCAAAGAUUGUUUGACUGUUGACCAUGCACGGCCCUGGUUUGCUGCUUGCUUUUUAGGGAGAAGGGCUUUCCUUUCCUGGGAGGAUGGCGCUCCCCUCCCCAUCCUUUUGUCUCUGCUCCCACGUUAGUGUUGGUUAAUGAGGUGGUUUGCUCAUUGGAUUCCUCUCCCGUUUUGGGUCCCAGCUAAGGGAUGAGGUGAAGCAAGGGGCAGCUGCUUUCCUGAGUGAGCUUUUUUUUUUCUUUUUUCUUUUUCUUUUUUUUUUUCCAUUUGAACAACACAGUUCAGUCACCCUGUGUAAAAAGCCAGGACACCACUAGGGACCCACUAGCAACGCUGCCUUCUGGGCAGGUGGGUGUCUAUGCCUGAGAUCAAGUUGGUGCCCACUUACAUGCCGAGGCCUCUUGCUGGUGCACAUGUACACACUGGUGCACAUGGUAUUUGUCCUCCAUCGCUGGGGGAAGGUGAGGUCAGUCGAUAGGGGCGACAGGGUGUUGCUGUCUCCCACCCCUGCCCCUUGUUAAUUUUAAGCUGUUUCCAGGCAGUUCAGUUUCUCCUGGAGAGGAGGCUUUGCUCUGUGCAACCUACUGAGACAGCUGCAUUUGGAGACAAUUACAAGAUUUGAGUGUGACUCCUGAUCAGUUUGGAAGCUUGGUGACUGUCCAGCUGAACACUUCCAGCUGCUGGGUGUGGUGCCCACCUAGCCCUGUCGGCUACAUAACACACUCUGGACUUUAAUGGUUUUUUUUCUUUCUAAUUUUCCAAGACUGGUGGCUUGGGGUUUGGAAGCGAUCCAAGAGAAGGGAGCGAAUCUUCCUGCAAGGCCCUCACUCCAGCUCUGGGGAACAAAGAGCAAUGUGAAGACAGUAGGAGGAUUUCCUCUUCCUCCUGCUCCCCUGGGGUGCUGGGGCCCGAGGGCUACAGUUGGGAAGGCAGAGGUUACCUUGCAUAGGAUCAGGUUCUAGGUGGCAGCCAACUUCUUGCACAAGCACUACUGAAAAGUCACAUAUAAAGAGAAAGCUGUGAAAUUGAGGUCUCAAUUGAAGAGGCCCGGAGCAGAGCCUUUCACCCGACAUCUUCACAGAGGUGGGGAAGAGGACCUGACUGGACCAGACAGCCUUUCCCCAGUCCCUCAUCUGGGUUCCUAGAGAGCGGAUCCUGGGCCCUCAGACGGCCUGACAGGGAGCGGAGCUGGAAAUCCUGCAGGGUUUGCUGAGUGUGGGCCUUGCUGUAGCCCCUUUGGGCUGGCUUCAUGCCGCCCAUCCUCAGAUCCUGCUGCCACAGUGACCGUGCCUGGAGCCCCACGGGGCAGCUGGAAGAGCUUCUGGUGUCCAGUCCGAGGAGGAGGGGGACACGAGUUUGUAGCCUGCCAGCCGCUGAAGCCGGCCUGGAGCUGUUCCACUGGGCUGCAGUAACAGGAUUCCAGCUUGGUUGACUGCUUCCUUCUCUUUGUACUUAAUUUAAAAACAAUUUUUUUUUUUGUUGUUGCUGAGAAGGUGCAUAUUUCAGGAGUGGUCGGCGACUGAGGAAAGCUCCUUAGUUCCAUUGUGAAGCCUGUGUCCUCUCCCUUGCAUUGGUCUUCAGUGCUGUGUAAAGGACAACUGCUAGACUGAAGUGUUCGAGCAAAGAACCCAUCUGACGUGCUGCUAUGAAGACACUUUUAGAACAAACACACACAAGAUAGAAAAGAAAAAAAAAGAAAAAUGUGAAAAAAAAUCUACAAAAAACCCUUUACUCUUGUUGCUUUUACAGUGGUACUGUGCAUGCGAACCAGGCGCAUUUUGUGUCUUAAGAAAAAAAAAACCUUAGCGCAGAUGGCGGUGAGAACCACGCGUGCUGAGAACGAGCCAUGGGAGCAUAGUUCAGGAUUGGAUUUUUCUCUUUUCCUUACAACCAUGAAGGGUUGAUGUAUUCUUUCCAUGCAGUUAUUAGAAUUUAGUUUUGUUUCAGCAGUGUUAAACUUGCAAUGAGAAGAAAAUGUGCCGCCCCUGCCCAGAAUCCUCCAUAGCUGUACAUCCGAUACUGCUAAUUACACACACGUGAUGUUUUUGGUUUUGUUUUUUUUUUGUUGUUGUUGUGGUUUUAUUUUUUGGUGAAAUUUCUUCUGUAGCUAUUCUUUGACCAAACUGUGGAUAUUGUUAAUAUUAAUUUAUAUUUGUCUCAUUUUGUAUGUAUGUGUGUGUGUUUGUGAGUAUGUAUGGUUUAUAACCUGACAAGAGUCAUGAAGCUCGGUUUGGCUGUAAUUUAAUUCCCCUUCCCUUAUUUUUAUUUAUUUUUGUACUGUGCUGAUUCAAUAAAAUGCACUGACCAUCCAUCA